AAAUUGCAGCACGUGUUUCCUGUUUCUGUCCUCGGGCUGCUUUAGUAGAGCCGGUCUGACAUAAAAAGCUGUAAAAAUGGUGCGUAAGUUAAAGUAUCAUGAGCAGAAGUUGCUGAAGAAGGUCGACUUUAUCAACUGGGAGGUGGACAACAAUCUGCACGAGGUCAAAGUGUUGCGGAAGUAUCACAUCGAGAAACGGGAGGACUACACCAAGUACAACAAGCUGAGUCGUAAUAUCAGAGACCUGGCCAGAAAAAUCAGAGACCUGGAUGAGAAAGAUGGCUUCAGAGCACAGAGCACACAUCACUUAGUUGAAAAACUAUACAGCAUCGGUCUCAUCCCCACCAAACAGAAUUUAUCACUCACAGAGAAAGUCACAGCUUCUUCAUUCUGCAGGAGGCGGCUGCCCAGCAUCAUGCUGAACCUUCGUAUGGCUCAGAACCUGAAGACAGCCAUUACUUUCAUCGAGCAAGGACAUGUGCGUGUUGGUCCAGACAUUGUUACAGACCCAGCGUUUCUAGUCACAAGAAAUAUGGAAGAUUUCGUCACGUGGGUGGACUCCUCGAAGAUCAAGCAGCAUGUCAUGAAUUAUAAUGAAGAGCGGGACGACUUUGAUAUGAUGGCGUAAAUCAUUCCAUUCAUCACGCUGGAGGACCGAAACAAGAACUCUGCUCUUUUUACUCUGCUGUGGAAAAACUUGAGUGCAGGUUAUUAUUUCAGAAACUGGGGAAAAGUGAGACACCACACCUUACUCGUUCACUGAACAAUGCGAGGCUGCUCAAAGCUGACUUUUACUGUUGUUACACUUUGACCACUGCUGUGAUGUAUUUAAACAGUAGUUGUAAAGUGAGUGACUAAGUGUGACUGUCAAGGUUAGUGAGUCUGUAUUGUUGUCAGUAUCAUUUCACGUAAAGCUGCUGAGAUGCCCGUAGCACAAGAUUUGUGAACUAUAUGUAAAAGAUGGACAUAAGCCUUAAACAUGCAUUGACUCUUAAUGGCCAGCAGCAGCCCUCAGGAAACACUUUCCUAAUGAGUUCUUGUUCCCAGUCUUAGUUAAUACAGCAUGUUUAUUUUGUCCCUGUUGGUGUCCCUCAGUUUCGGUCAAAAAGCUCAGAUGGCCGUGGUGAAAAUGCUCACCUUAAGGCUGAACAAAAAAAGGGACUUAGCUAACUAGUCGAAUGUCACAGUGGCUACAUCCAUCUUUUAUAUACAGUCAAUACAUGGACACUGAAUCUUUGUUUGUCGUCUUCAUUUUGCCAUCGGAGCCGUUUGCUGGUUUUCAAACAACUAAGGAGCAGCUUAGUUGUGCUGGUCUGACUUGCUUUUCUUGUUUGCUCUGACUUUGUCUAAAUCUGAUCACGUUUUUUUUUUUUGUUUUGUGAUCACUGAGAAUGCCAGUUUAAGUAUAUACAGUGCUUAAAUUAAUUAGUCCACCUGUCCAAAAAAAAAAAAAAAGAAAACACAAUUAAUUAAAAAAAAAAAAAAACCUGUCAAAUGUCUUUAAAACUAAAGAUUAUAUUGCUACUUAUUAGGCAAAUACACCAAAUUCACGGUUUCAUGCCCAAAUUUGAGCCGGCACAUCUGAGAAGUCAGAAAUUAAUCAAGCAUUUACUUUAAAAACUAAUUUUUCAAGUAAAUAACUGUAAUUUGGCAUCUUAAAGAUUAUUAAUGUGCUCUUUGGUAAAGCAGCAAAUUUGAAAAUUAUGGAUAAAAAUCAUAUGACUUGAUUUAAAAAGUGUGCAUUCUGGUGGGUUAACCAUUACAGAAACAAAUGAUUUCGUAAUUACCAAUAUUGUUAAUUUAGGGCAGGUGUGGCAUAAACCCUAGACUGGAUGGUGGUCUAAAUUAGUUCAGCACUGUAUGUUCUAUAUAGAGAAGGCCUGCUGCCUUUGUGAUCAUAUAAAUUGUCAUAUAUAAAACUCAAACAGAUUUCUUGAUAAAUAUUUAAUGUUUUUAAUAACA